CAGAAAUCCGGCGUUCUUCAGGGAGGCUCUCGCCCAAGUUUUCUCUGCGACAGAACGGAGAAACAAGAGGCGGAGAGAGGACGCCGACACACACGAUCUCGUGGGGUGCGGCGUAGGUACACCGCAACCCAGAGGCUGGCCGAUCCCUCGAGUCGGUUUCGCGUUUUUCAACGGGAAAAUCUGGCGGCAAAUUCUCCCUUUCCUCGCUUCUGAAAAAUGGAUUAGAGCGGCGCUCUCUGCGAACCUGCCCUCCCUCCUCCGGUCUCCUUUGCAUGCACAGGAUACCUGUGUCCCUCCACGCAUUGUCGUCUCCGUCCUCCUUCUUCGAUUUUCUUCCGCUAUCUUCUUCUGUCCGUUUUUCUGGACAUCUCUGCUCUCUUGUUCUCUCUUCUGCAGCUGCGGGCGUAGGUUCGAGACCUGCCGCAACGCACUGCACUGAAGAUGCACCUGUGAAUCUGCGCCUCGACUUCUCGAGCGCUGUCUUGUUGCUUUUUUUCCUCUCCCUCUCCUUCUCAUCCUUUCUCCCGCUCCUUCCUCGUCCUCCCACUGUUGCUCCCUCCUCUUCGUGUGUUUCACCUUCCUUGUUCUCUCCUCCUCCCUUCUCUCUUUCUCUCUUCCCUUCUCUCUCUCUUUCUCUCUUUCUCUCCUCCUCCCUUCUCUCUUUCUCUCUUUCUCUCUUUCAUGCUCCAUGGAGGGAGAGGCGCCUGGGGCUCCUUUGGAGUCUUUCGAGCCGGCGACGGCGGGUGUGCCGCCGCGAGAAGCCGAGCGAUGUGGUGAGGUGGAAAGGGAGGCGGACGCCGAGUCAAUGCUUCCUUCUUUUGUCUCCGCGCCGUCAACGGUGUCCGCGCUCUGUCGCGAAGCCGCGCAGGCAUCCUCGCGCCUCUGGGCUCCAGAGCCUGGCCUCCGGCGGCUGGCUUUGUCCCAGAAGCGAGGUGUGUCUCUCCUGGCUGCGGCGGAGGAGCGGAUGGCAGAAGAUCUUGACGUCUGUUUGUCUGGCGAAGAAAUCCAGGAGAGUUUGACUCCUUUCUCCUCGCCCUACCGACUUGUCCAAGAGUUCCUUCAGCGGCACUUUCGUGAAAAGGAGGAAACGGCGGCGAGGCGGCGAAGAACUUCCCCCGUCCGUUUCUCGUCUCUCUCCACUCGCGAAGCCGUCGAUCCCUGCUCCUCCUCUCCUUCGCUGUCUCCUCUCUCUCCGCUGUCUCCGGCCUGCUCGGUCGCUGCGUCGUUCAAGCGUCCACUUCUGCCGCUGCUGCCGGUGUCUCUGAAUCUUCGAACGGUUUUUCGGAGACGCUUCCCUCCAGAGGUUGCGGCACGUCUCCAGAGCGGAGGCGAACCUCGCUACCAGCUCCUGCCUCCCCUGCAGGCGCUGUGUGUCUCUCGGGGCAACGAUGCCCUGCUUCUCGCUUGCUUGGCGCAGGAGUCGCCCUGUCUCCGAGUCGGGCCGCUGCCUGGCGGAGACAUUCUCUCCGUCCACCUGUCGCCUGCACCUGUGGGUUUCCUCUUUCCUGCUGCCUCGCACCUCCUCUUCUUCCUCACUCCCUCGAUUCUCCACGUCUACGCCGUCGUCUUGCUUCCUGCGGCGCCGGGAUCGGAAGACAGCUGUCCUGCGCGAGACCUCCCGUCACAAACCAGCGCGUCGGCGCCCUCAGACCACCCGCUCUUCCGGUCUGCGGAGACCGGCACCCUCCCUCUCUUCCUCCCCUCGUACGUACAGCCGGACCUCUCUUCUCCUCUCUCUGCUUCUUCCUCUGGGCGGGUGUGCCCCACCGUUCGAUGGCGUCGAGGCGCCUUUCGUUUGAUUCGUCUGGAGUCGUUUUCGUUGGCUUUCCCCGAGUCUCUGCGUUCGCGUUUCUCGUCGGCUGCGCGCGCUGCGACUGGCGCGGCGUCCGUGAAAGUUUCUCCGUUCCUCUCCUCGACGGCGGACGGCGCCGUCUUUCUCUCCGUUCCAGACAGUGCCCCCUGCGACGCGUCCGCCGCUGCCUCAGAGAGCGAGCGAAGAAGAAGACGGCAACCAAGACUCGGCGACAUCUACCAGCUGCUGCUGCAUCCAGGCCCUCCCGGACGUCUGCGCGCACCCGCGAGGCUCCGACGUCUGCCUCUUGCCGUCGCGGGUGCCUCUGGCGCAAACUGUUCUCACUGCAAGCAGCCGAGAAAGUCCUGCGGCGAAGGCAGCGCGACGUUCGAGACGCCCCCGCCGCAUACGCGGGGAGAGGCGGGCGUGAAGCUCCUGCGCUGCUUCCCUGCGAGUUUCCUCGCCGUCGUCGACGACCGAGACGCGGUGUACAUCUAUCGGCUUGUCUCCGAGGGAUGCCGGGAGCCGCCUCGGAGCAGCCUCUGUGGAGCGCCCAAGAGAGAAGAAGAGACAGGUGUGGGGAGACGGAACGACACAGCCAACAGAGAAGGAGACGCGAGAGGCUCGUCCGCCGGGGCGGAGACGCCGCGGCCAGAAGGCGCCGCGGGCCACUGGCUUCCUGCCUUUCUGCGGUCGGAGACGUUUCCCCACUCAGCGCGAGAGGAGAGAGAAGACGACAUGAACGACAGCGAGGAAGAGACUGCGAGGCAGCGCUGGGGCGUCGCAGGCGUCCUAGGCUCGGUCUCAAGAAAAAUACGAAAGCUAUGGCCUCGGGAGGCUUCUCCUUCGCCUCCGCUCUGCUCUUCGCGCUUUCCUCCUCCCGCGGUGCUUCCCGUCAGUGGGCUCUCCUCUGCGCUUGCAGGGAGCAGCGCCUCUUUCGGAGGUCGGUUCCACGGAGAUUUCCUGCUCGGUCCCCAACAGACAGCACCGGAGGCUUCGCGAACUGCUCCGCCGUGCGGCCUCGCGUCCGUCUCCCGCGAGACGUAUUUGGAGGCCGUGGUCAACGCGCUCGGGGCGACCUCUUCGGAGACGGGGCCUUGGAGCCCAACUGGCGCCCGCUACGGAGCCGAGAGCCGCGACCGCGUCUCCUCUGCGGUCGCCUUCAAGGGCCUCGAAUGCGUGGCGUACCUGCCUGCACACAUCUGGCGCGAGCGGCUCGUCUUGUCUCCCACGGCUCCGACGCGCGCGCCAGAGAAUGCCGGCGGCCCGGCGAACGCGGCAACAAAGGCGAACGCGAAUCUGGAGGCGGACGGGGAAGCCGAGCAGGGAAAAACGAGGAGUUUCCUCUCCUCGUUUUGGCCCUCAGGGCGGGGGGCAGAGCCGCGGCCCACCGGCGUGGAGGGCCGAGUGAGGCGCGUGGCGACGGGGGAUGGCGCAAAAGAGUUUUCAGACGCAAACGCAGCGUGUGAAGAUCUCCUGCUGUCUGUCGUGGACAUCGUCCCUGCUCUCACUGUAGGGCCGUACCCAACCGUCAGUCUCAUCACGGCUCGCGGCGACAGAGUCGCGCUUCGUCUGCGUCCUCUGUCUCGCGGCUCCGCGCCCUGCAGCCAGUGUGGGGGGGCGGAUCUGUCAACUCAGCCGUUGUCUCUGAGGAUAUCCUCCGUUCUGCCUUCUCCCUUCUUCUCCGCUGUCGCCUGCCGGCGGAAUCGCCUCGCCGCGCUUCCUCCCGCGCUGCGUCCUUUCUGCGGAGACGUCGCUUCGUUUGGCGGGGCUUCCGCGGAGCCGCUGCCUACGACGUCGCUUGCGUCGUGCUCGUUCUACAGCAACGGCUUGCAUUUGUUUGCGGCGUCUCCGACUCUCUCUCGCCUCUUUGACAUGGGUGACAGGGAUGCCUCUGAGGAUGGCGCUUCUCCCCCGGCGUUCGUCUCGCUCCGCGUCUCCCUGCCCUCCGCCUCGACUUCUUCGGCCCCCUUCUUCCUCAGCGCCUGUCUGCCUCUGCAGCUGCCGUCGGCGCCUCUCGCAGGCGGCGAGCUUCCUCUCUUCUUCGCCUCAAACGACUUCGCGCCCUCCUUCUGUCUCCCUCCCACAGACGGCCUCCCUCCUGGCCUCGACGCCGCCCAGCUGUCCUCGCUGGACCUUUCCGCGCUCGGCGCCGGCUCUGGUGCCGCCGCCGGCUCCUCGCCGAGUGAGGGGGCGCUCGUGCAGCGGCUUUUGUUGAUUGUCUGCGCCUCGGAGAUUCUCCUGGUCGCUGUCGACCGCUGCCGCGCCGUUUUGUCUCCUUCCAGUGCCGCCGUCGUCGAGGGCGCCUCGGUCUUGGCGCAGCCGCCGUCGCCCCGCGCCACCGCCGCGCUCGACGCCAGUUGGGCCUUAGAGACCUGCACCGCUUCGGGCACAGCCGCGGCGGUCGCGGCGCGGACGCAGGCCCUCGGUGCCGCGAUUGCCGUCCUCGAGGCCGCAGAGUCCUGGGUGCGCGCGGGACCUGCAGGUCCGCGCCUCGAGCGCCUGGCGCGUGACCUGGUGCAGAACGGAUCCGUCUUGGCGGCGGCGCUCCCGCCCUCGCUACCGGCCCCUGUUUGGAGCCCAACGCUCUGGCACUGUCUCUGCGAUGUCGCCAGCCAUCGCGGCUCCGCGGACGCGGCGCUCGGUCUCUUCUUCUCGCUCUCCGCGCCGCGACUCUGGAGCCUGGAGGCCCCACCCCCCAGUCCGCAGCCUGUUUUCUUCCUCCGACGCCUCCACCUGGCCUCGCCUCCAAGUGCGUCUCGCCAGGUCAGCAAGUUCCGCGUCCUCGCGCGCCGCCGCGCGUCGGAGCGGAGACAGGUCGACGGCGCAGACAGGGAAGAUGACACGAGUCUCGGCUGGUGGGCGGAGGAGGACGGCGAGGCCAUGGAGCGCCGACGAGGCUCCGAAGAAGAACUCUCUCCAGAAGAAGAAGUCGCUCCCUGGAUCGAGGGUCUCGCCGCCCGCGCCGCGCUUGUUCUCCGCGUCAUCGCAGACUGGCCGAUAUGCAUGAUUAACGCUUCUGUCCUGGAUCCGAGUGUCUCUGGGUCUCUGCUGUCUCCGUCGUCUCUGCCGACUGCGUCCGCGCUUCCGCCGCGGCUCUUUCCUCUCUGCGUUCGCUGGAACGCGGCGUAUCUGGGGACUGUCUUCGACGCCCUCAACGACCUGCUUCAGUUCCUCUAUCUUCAGUGUCUCCCCACCUCGAGUCUCUCUUUCGUGACGGCGCUCCUCGCCUCCCCGCUCUCGCCCACAGCUCUACUUCGCCGCCCGGCGUCUGCAGAGCACCGGCUCGAGGCGGCCAGCGAAGCCGCCGAACGCGCGCGUAAGGCCCUCCUCGCUGUUUUGCUUCCUCAGGCGGCCCUGCCGGAAGAAGACGCCUCCGGCGACGCGCGGGAGGCCGCGGAAGGUGUGGCGCCGAGAGUCCCAAGCAGUGCGGAGUACAGCGAGCAGCAGCGCCUCCUCUUGGGCUUGACUCUGAGCCUCCUGCGAGCUCGCGCCAUUGUCUACCUCUUCCUCGUGCUCCAGGAAUUCUCUCCUGCGCGCCAGCAACAUGUUUGGUCCCUGCUGCUGGGCGAGACGGAGGACGGCCGAGAGUUGUCCCUCGCGCGUCUCCUCGUCCAGACCCCCCUCCGUGCUCUCCUCUCCGGGGACGAGACGCUGAACCAGGCGCUGGCGGCCACCCAGAGCCGCGGCCUGCGAGAAGCCGGAACGGACGGAGAAGGCGCGGAAGACUUCGCGGACGACUUUUUCUGCAGAAAGGUGAUGCAUGCACUUCUUCUCCUCGACCCCACGCCCCAAAGACCCGGAAGUAUCACGCGGCGCCUAUGUGCGUCCUUACCUUGGCUCGCAGCGACUUGCAACGUCGAGCUGCUUCUCCCUCGGUGGUGGGAAGCAGAGACGAGAGACGGCGGCUCCGCGGCGACGCUCGCCUCCUGCAGGCGUCUCUCCCUCUUCGUAGCGGACAUCUUCGCCGGGUUUUCCGGACGCAGUCAGACCGCUUUCUUCGGAACCGCCAUGGAACAUUUCCUGGCCUCUACACCUCAGCCAUCUCCCGUGGUUGCUCUCCACUUUGCGCUGCGUCUCCUUGACGCAGCUCUCCGCCACGACUCUCCUGCUUCUCUCUCUUCUCUCUCUUCUUCGGUCGCUUGUCCUGAUGUUAUUGCGAGAGCCUUCGGAGCAGCCUUGGCCCGCGGGGCAGCGAAGGCAGCGCGGGAGAGCGCGGGGGCGGAGGUCGCGCUUGUGCCGAUCUUUUUGGCGCGGGCCUGGGUGGAGUACCUUGCAUGCAUCCUCAAUUUCGAAGUUCCAGACAACUCCUUCUUUGAAGACGAGACAGGAGACGAACAGGCGGACCUGGCGCCAUGCGAGCAAAAGCUUGACCGCGAGGAGCGAAAACGCGCGGCGCUGCAACAGCUGCAGUGGGCGGCGCUGGACGAACUCUUCAGUGUAUAUACACUCCAACUCCCUCCGCUUCCUGAAGUGCGUACAGGCGGCCGGUGCGAGCAGGCAGGAACGGAGGAGGAGACCGAAAGAGAGGCGAGAAGUUUCGGUGUCUUCGGACCCUUCCGCCCCCCCGGAAACGAGUUCGUCGUCUCGGCACUCGAGUGGCUCGUGCACCGCAGCCUCAGCUCGGGUGUCUGUACACCUGAGUCCCGCGUGGAGAGCCCCCGUGGCGUCUCGCGUUCUGCGGACGGGCCCGCGCCUCAACCUCGGUUUGCAUGCGGCGAACUCGACAGCGGAACGCGGUCGGACGCGUGGCUGUCUCCCGCGGCGCUCCGCACCCUUCAGGUGUAUCUCCACCGCCGCUUCUUCCAGAGUGGGAAAGCCGCCCAGGGUGACAUGUUGCUUCGGUUGUACAGACACCAGGGCGCGCGCGUUGAGUCCGCUGCGGUGCUUUGUGCUCUCGCGACGCGAGGCGCGAAGCAGGAUCUCUUUCUCUCCGACCACGGGGAGUUGCAGGCAGGCGAGACGACCAAAGAAGAAACCGACUCCUUUUCUCUGCUCCUCCCCGUCACGGUCAAGGCGCAGGCUCUGCGUUGGGCGCGCGAGACUCUCCAGGAGGAGAUUGACCUGACUGUGAGGCAUGCGAGACGCGGGCACGGACUGCAUGCAGGCGCCGCGGGAGAAGAGUCAAAAGGAGACGAAGGAGACACUCCGAGGGCACAGAGCCACGGCCAGGGGAGACACCACUCAACAGAGGCCAUCCUCCAUCUGUUUGGGCGGCUCUUCAGAACCGCCGAGGAGGUCGCCCAUCUGUCGCGAGCUGGUGCAGAGGAGGGCAGUGAACUUGAAAGUGACAGGGAAACGCGAAAAACGAUUCAGCAACUAGCUGUUGUCAGAGACGCCAUUGGCAACCUCAUCGAGGUUCUAGAGAAGCUCCACCUGCCUCUCUGGCGGCACUUGAAGACCCGCCUCGAGUGUCAGCGCGCGCGCGCUCUGCUCCAGACUCCGCCGACUGCAUGCAUCUUCGCGGACGCCGAGCGGGAAGCGGAUCAGCGCGUCAUCCCCUCGUACAUCGUCCCGCCCGUCUCCCUCUCAGGUGUGUGUACACUCGGCCAGCAGGUGGAGACCGUACCCAAGUUGUUCCACGCUGCACAAAUGUUCUUCUGUGUGCCUCUUGCUCUCCGCGCGCUCCUCUUCGACUUUCGUCGUCUCGUUUCUCUCACCUCGCUCGCCCUCCUCCCUGCAGGCUCUGUCUCUUCUCCCUGUUCUGCGUCCGGCUCUUCUUCUUUUUUGGGAGAUUCUAUUGGUGGCGAAGCGGAGCGCCUGGGCGGACGGGGAGAGGGAGGGUGCGAGGCUUCGCUUUGCCUCGAGUUGGAGAACUCCCCACAGUUUCCACAUCUGCAGCAGGCAGCGGAGACAGUGAGGAACACGGCGGAGGCGCUUCUCUUCUCCUUCUCUGCGCGCCUCGCCGUUGCUCCGGACAGCUUCGAUUCACUGACUGGAACGCUCGACUUGUCUGGAUCUGCUGCGGAUCUCCUCGAACGCGGAGAGGCCUCGUCGCUGAUUGAGAAGGUGCUCGCCGUCUGCAUGUACAGCUGGGCGGAGGCCGCGCCGGUGCGUGUCUCCGCCGCUGCCUCCCCGCUUUUGCUCUUCCCCGUUUCGCAGGCGGGGAACCUCGAGCUGCUGUGCUGUCUCGAGACAGUGCAUGCGUUUUCUUGCCUCCUCGACUCCGAUGGAGGCGAUCGACAAUCCGCGUUUCCUCUUCUGGUGGCCGAGGGGUGGCUCGGCCUCUCGGCCGCGUCUGCGUUUCAGGCGUAUUUCGAGCUCCUCAACGCGCGCGACCGCCUCGCGGCCUCCUGCGAGGCUCUGCGGCAAGGCGUCGCGCGACUUCUGGCGGAAGGCCGUUUCUCUGGAUCGCAAGCAGACGCGGCGAGUCCAUCGCUCUCGGGUGUACCCACAGCUGUGCAGGUCGCGGAUGUGACGCCAGACGUCGUCGAGACUCAUCUCGUCUCCAUUCUUGUCGCUCUGGCGGCGCUCUGGGUGGACGAGGAAGCGCGGGAGAGUGUCCGCGAAGGCCGCGUGGCUUUCGGGACUGAGGAACUGCAUGCGCCUGCUGUACAGACACUUGAGUCGUUCCUGAGAGCCGUCGCGGAGCAGCGCGGGGUCCAGCUCCCGAGAGAGAGAGGAGAGACAGAAGAACACGAAGAAGAAGGAGCGGAAGGAAGCAUGGAAGAAAAAGGAGGCGAGUUGUCGUCAGAGGCGUUAGAGAAGGCGCGCGAAACGCUGGCGAAACUCCGGGCUCUCCUCGCAUGUUCUGAGGAGGUGUGAAGACACCAGCAAGGAAAACCAGAGAGAGAGGAAAAGAUGGCGAUAUGGCGAGGGAUCGGCAGAGGUGAAGAAGAGGACUGUAAUCUCCAAGUUGAGGGAGAGAAAGCAGGGACAUGAAUACGGGGAGUUUCUACUGAAGACCUGCGAGACGAUAGCAGAGAGCAGGAGGGCUCGAGUUGCGCUUAAAUGGUGGGGUUUAAAGAUGAAGCUUUUUGUGCAGUGUUUGGCGAGCGUUUGCUUUUGUCUUUUGUCGCCAGGAAAAACGAACUUUCUGUUGGCUGCUGCCUGGUAAUCUUCUGGGUUUUGGUGGAAAGACUCUGCGUCACGUUUUUUCUGUUUUUCUGCGAAAGAACAGUCUGGAGCGCACCCUCACAUGCGUUGCAGUUUUGUGCUCCUCGAGCUGGUAGCCAG